AUGGAGACCUUGGCCACGCGCGUGGGGCGCUUCGAGUCGGAACUGGAGGCCUUGCGUCGCGAGGUCUCCCAGCUGCAAGGGCAGAGUUCCAGCGAUGCCCGAAGUGGCUCGGGGAUGCAGGCCUCCGAGCUCCAGCUGCAGUGGGUCCGUUUGUUCGAGAAGGAGCUGGAGCAGCUGCGACGCCAGGCCGAGUCCUACAAGGAACCCAUUGCUGUGCUCGAGGAGCGCUUGACCCGUCUGGAGCGAGUGGCCGGGUGGCCAGGGCAGGCCUCCCCAGAGUCGGGUAGGGAUCUGGACGAGUUGGCAGAACUGGUCUUAACGGAGCUGCAAGCGCUGAAGCAGAAGGUGUACCAGCUUGCAGCACCUAAACGCCAGGGUGUGGCUCUUCACGGGGGAGCUUCCGCUCCACCGAUGCCACAGCUGACGAACGCAGGCGCUGCGAUUGCGCGUGUGGAACAACUGCAGCGCCUCGAGCAGAGCACGACGAAGAUUCUCAUGUGCAGCAUGGAGCAGCCCAUCCCUGAAGAUGAGGAUUUCCUGCCCACCAGCGUCCCAACCUUCAUCAAGUCCGAGGAGGACGACUACACACCGCCAACUCGCUCCUGGGACAUCACUCCUUUGAAUGAGGAGGUGCGCGCAACCUUGGCGGAGGUGAACCAGCGCAAGGCUGACAACGCCGAAGGCGAUGAUGAUCAGCUGCCAACAGUUUCUUGGGAGUUGACUCCAGACGUUCAAGAGACUUUGCAAAAGGCGCAACAGAGGAAGUCCUUUACUUUGCUCCAUGAGGAUCGCCGUUGCGAUGUCGAGGAUGUCCACAGAUCCGGCUAUUCAAGAUGCCAUGAAAUUCAUCAGCGCGAGUCAAGAGCUGAAGAAGGUGUUAUCCCGGCGCUCCUCAAAGAGCGGGAGAGGCCGCGAGAUCACUGGGUGAAGCGUGGUGACAACGGGUGGACUGGGUGCGACGGUAGCCAGCUGCAAAAACGCCUACAGCACUUGGAGGAUGAGGUGCAGAUUGGGAUGCAGCCCUUGAAACGUCACCAGGUGUCUUUGCAAGUCCUCGAAGAGACCAGCAUGAAGGUGGAGAAACUGCAGGAAACCUUGAAGCUUCUGCCCUUGGACCUUGCCCUGCAACGCUCCGAGGAUGCCUUCAAGGCUUUGGAGGAUGUUGCCCACAGAUCCACGGGGCAGAUGUCGUUGCUGGAUGGCUAUAAGGUUCAAAGCAGCCUGGAUCAACUGUAUAGCGCCAUGGAAGCACUCGUCCGUCAGCGCUCCGCGGAUGUGCAGUUGGUGAACAGCUACCUGGGAGAGGUCUAUCAGCGCAUCGAGCGCGAUCUUCCCUCUGACAAGGGUCAAGGCAUUAUUCAGAGCUUGGAGCAGCUGCAGAAUCAGCACCAGCUUCUCAAAGCCGAGUGUCGGGCUCUGACGGAUGUCAGGAUUCCAGAGCUCGAGGCCAAACUGAGCCAUGAGGCCUCUGCAGCGGCAGUGCUGGCGCAGGGGAACCGGCAGCAGAUCAUCAAACUGGAAGUGGCCACACAGGAGGCUGUGAACCAGCUGACGGCCACACAGGCGCGACUUCCUGCGCUGCAGGACGCCACGGAGCGGCGCGCCGUGCAGGACGGCCGCCGCGAGGCCUUGGUGGCCGAGCUGCGGAAGGCCGGGCCGGGCGGUGGCCGGGCCGGGCGGUGGCCGGGCGGUGGCCGGUUGCGGAGGUGA